AACAACAACAGUAACAGCAACAACAGCAACAACUGUAACAAGAACAGCAACAACAAGAAACAGCAACAACAACAAAAACAGCUACAGCAACAACAACAACAGGAACAACAGCAACAACAACAGCAACAGCCACAGCAACAACAACAACCGCAACAGCAAAAACAACAGCAACAACAGCAACAGCAACAACAACAGCAACAGCAACAGCAAAAACAACAGCAACAGCAACAACAACAGCAACAACAACAGCAACAGCAACAGCAAAAACAACAGCAACAGCAACAACAACAGCAACAGCAACAACAACAACAACAGCAACAGCAAUAAAACAGCAACAGCAACAACAACAGCAACAGCAACAGCAACAACAAAAACAACAGCAACAGCAACAGCAACAGCAAAAACAACAGCAACAGCAACAACAACAGCAACAGCAACAACAACAACAACAGCAACAGCAAAAAAAACAGCAACAGCAACAACAACAGCAACAGCAACAGCAACAACAAAAACAACAGCAACAACAACAGCAACAGCAAAAAAAACAGCAACAAGCAACAGCAACAACAAAAACAACAGCAACAACAACAGCAAAAACAACAGCAACAGCAACAACAAAACAACAGCAACAACAACAGCAACAGCAAAAAAAACAGCAACAGCAGCAACAGCAACAACAGCAACAACAACAACAACAGCAACAACAAAAACAACGACAGCAACAACAACAGUAACAACAACUGCAACAACAACAGCAACAGCAACAAC